CAUAAUUGCCAAGUAUGGGCGUCUGCCCGUUCUUUUACUUGUGAAAUACUACAAUCAACUAUUAAACACUUGAAUUGUUUACGUAGAAUAUUAGAUUAUAGAAAUAGGUAAGAUGAUGCAGAACUGUCCAGCACAAAAGAAACUAAAUUGGUUGAGAUCAAAUAUUAUUGGAGUUGCAGGAAAUCAUAAAGAAUUUGAUUCACCCUUUGGCAAACGUUCAGUUACUUACGCAGAUUCUACUGCUACUGCCCGUUGUCUUCAUUUUGUUGAAGAUUAUAUCAUCACUAAUGUUCUUCCUUUUUACGGAAACACACACACAAGUGAUAGCUACGUGGGACAACAAACUACAAGGACAGUAGAAGAAGCAACUAAGUAUAUAAAAAAGUGUUUAGGAGGCGGAGAAGAAGAUGCCAUAUUCUUAUGUGGUUCAGGAACUACUGCUUCCAUUAAAAAGCUCCAAGAAAUAAUGGGAAUUACAGUUCCAUCAACACUAAGAGACAGAGUUUUAGAAAUACUAAGAAAUGAAGAGAGAUGGGUGGUGUUUGUGGGAACCUAUGAGCAUCACUCUAACCUUCUUUCAUGGAGAAAUAGUCUUGCUGAAGUUAUUGAAAUCGAGUUAUCAGAAGAUGGAAGCCUUAAUAUGGAGUCUCUAAGAGCUAAGCUUGAGUAUUAUGAGUCUAUGAAUCGCCCUCUGUUGGGUUCCUUUUCAGCUUGUAGCAAUGUCACCGGCCUUGUAUCUGAUACUCGAGCUAUUGCUACUCUGCUUCAUCGUUAUGGGGCUUUUGCUUGCUUUGAUUUUGCAGCAAGUGGUCCUUACAUCGAGAUUGACAUGAGAUCCGGGGAUAUAGAUGGAUAUGAUGCAGUGUUUAUGAGUCCUCAUAAGUUUAUCGGCGGACCAGGUAGCCCUGGAAUCCUCACCGUGAGCAAGAAGCUUUAUCUACUUUCUUCUUCUUCCCCUUCAACUUGUGGAGGUGGAACUGUUUCCUAUGUUAAUGGCUUCAAUGAACAGGACACUUUAUACUUGGAAAAUGUGGAAGAAAGAGAAAAUGCAGGAACUCCUCCGAUUAUUCAAACAAUUAGGGCAGCAUUAGCUUUUUGGGUAAAAGAAUACAUUGGUGUAAAAAACAUUGAAGAACAAGAACAAAGUUAUAAAGAAAGAGCAUUAAUAAGAUUAAGCAAGAUCAACAACAUUGAAAUUUUGGGAAACACCAGUGCAAUGCAGCAGCCAAUCAUAUCAUUCCUUGUUUAUCCAUCUAAUGAUUUUAGGAAAAAGAAGAAGGGAGAGAAUCAAGAGAAAAGAAGAAAAUGUAAGCCUCUCCAUGGGCGUUUUGUGGCAAAACUUCUAAAUGAUUUGUUUGGAAUACAAGUAAGAGGAGGGUGUGCUUGUGCUGGACCAUAUGGUCAUUACCUACUUAAUGUUGACAAGGCCUACUCUUUGGCUUUAAGGUCGCUAAUCCAACAGGGUUACGAGGGUGUUAAGCCGGCAUGGACAAGGAUUAGUUUUCCAUUUUAUAUGUCAAAUGAAGAAUUUAAUUUUGUGUUGGAUGCAGUGGAAUUUGUGGCUACAUAUGGGCAUAAGUUUCUUACAUUAUAUCAUAUCAAUUGGAAAAAUGGGGAUUGGACCUUUAAUAUAAAAGAAUUCCAAGUAGCCUUUAAGAAUUCAAGAAACAAAAUGAAGGAUAAGUACUUAAAUUUAACAAAGUUUAUGCAAAAUUCAAAGCUUGGUUCAGAAGGCCCUAUUUGUGAUAAGCAAGUGAAUCACAAAGAUAAUGAUAAUGAUGAAUGUUCAGACAAAUAUAAUUCAUAUCAAAAGACUGCUAUUUUCAUUGCUUCUUUGUUACCAAUUUGCCAUAAGCAAGGUUGUGUUCCACAAGAUUUGAACUCUAUUGACUUACCCUUCAAGAUUUAGAUACUUUUCUUUAAUUUUUUAUUUUGUUAAUAUCUAUACUAGUAUAAAAACUCGUGCAAUGCACCGAGUUCUUAUUAUG